AUGUUUCCAAUUGCUCGAUCGACUGUCUUGCGGGCUGCCCGCACGCAGAUCUACACUGCCCGCAGUCUGACGUCGCCAACUUCCUCGGCGCUCGCCCGCCUCCUCUCCACACUCGCCGUUCUCGAGCAGCGCGACGGAAAGUUGCAGGGCUCAUGUACUUCCGCGAUCGCUGCGGCGCAAAAGCUUGGUGGACCCGUGACGGCUUUCCUGGCUGGAAGUGGUGUCAAGGGUACCUCUGCUGCUGAAGCCGCCAAGAUUAAGGGUGUGGACAAGGUUAUUGCUGUCGAGAAUGAGGCUUACGAGAAGGGUCUUCCUGAGAAUUACGCUCCCAUGCUUCUCGAGAACAUCAAGAAGGGCGAAUUCACUCACAUCAUCGCUCCUCACUCAGCCUUCGGCAAGAGCCUUUUGCCCCGUGUUGCCGCUCUUCUCGACGUGCAGCAGAUUUCUGACAUCACUGGUAUUGAGAGUGAGGACACCUUCGUCCGCCCCAUCUAUGCCGGAAACGCCAUCCUGACCGUCCAAUCCUCCGACAACGUCAAGGUGAUCACAGUACGAGGCACUGCCUUCCAGGGUGUUGAACUCGAGGGCGGCUCCGCCGAGAUCGUUGAUGGUGUCGAUACCAACGCUCCCGCCCAAACCGAGUGGGUGUCCGAAGAGCUGACCAAAUCCGAGCGUCCUGACCUGGCAACUGCUAGCCGCGUCGUCUCCGGCGGCCGUGGCUUGAAGUCCAAGGAGGAGUUUGACCGCGUCAUGCUGCCCCUUGCUGACUCCCUCGGUGCCGCUAUCGGCGCGUCUCGUGCAGCCGUUGACAGCGGCUUUGCCGAUAACAGUCUGCAGGUUGGCCAGACUGGUAAGAACGUGGCCCCCCAGCUCUAUCUGUGCGCUGGUAUCUCCGGUGCUAUCCAGCAUCUGGCUGGUAUGAAGGACAGCAAGGUCAUUGCUGCCAUCAACAAGGACCCCGAGGCGCCCAUCUUCCAGGUGGCGGAUGUCGGUCUUGUUGGCGAUCUGUUUGAGAAGGUUCCCGAGUUGACUGAGAAGCUGAAGAGCGCAUAA